AGCCGCAAAAUCUCACCAAGCACCAUGACGCCGACCACCAACUCUGCGGAGCCGUUCUCCCCGACGAGGAUUCAUCCGUUGUUGUCCCCACAGCGUUUGGCUUCCUCCGGCCUUAAUUCCGUCCCGUCAACACAGACCUUAAACACCACCGCUACCCCCCAUUCCCCGUCUUCACAUCCUCAACAAUCCACCCUCGACACCCACGACCACCCAGUCACCCAGCAAAAGAAUGCGCAGCCUUUGACAGACAUCUGCUUCAGCGGCCCUGCGUCCGCGCCUGUUCAGCCCCAGGAUUCCACCCACGUCACUGACCCGGACGAGGCCCGCCGGACUGGACCCCAGGACCCGAUAAGCACUGCACCCUCCAUCGAGAAUCUUGCCGCUCUCCCCACAAAGUCGUUCCGCGAGCACCGCGAGCACCGCAAACACCGCAAAAACGCCUACUCGAUUGACUCGAUCCCCCGCCAGACCAUUCUCAAGGCCUUGCAGUCGCGCCCACCCAUGAACAACCCCACUUCCAUGAACACCCUGCUCAUGGAGGGUACCGCAGAGGAGGCCCCCAAAACGCACUCAUCCGAGGUGGUUCCUCAUCGUGGUCUUGCCCAGGCGCUGGCCGAUUUGGACUUGAACACGGCCGAUCUGUCCGCCGGCAAGAUGGCCGCUCUGGCUUCGCCUUGUUUCUUCCACAAGAAGUUCGACAAGGCUGUCAAUCUCGACCGUGUCCUGGAUGAGAUAGCUGAUGAUGAGACAAUCUCACACUCCCGUCUCAUGCAGACCGCAACCAGUGUGCGCGAAGUUUCCAAGCAGCUUCAGCGUCGUCCCAUCAAGAUGACGGUCCGCAAUAUUAUGAUCGUUACCAAGGCCCGCGACAACAGCCUUGUUCAUCUCACUCGCGAGUUGGCCGAGUGGCUCAUCACCACUCCUCGUAACGGCGCCGAUGUCGGUGUAAAUGUCUACGUAGAUCACAAGCUUCGCAAGUCGAAGCGUUUUGAUAUGCCUUCGCUUCUGGCCAAAGAUCCUCGCUAUGAGAGCAUGCUCCGAUUUUGGACCCCCGAUCUUUGUUGGGAGUCGCCCGAGAAAUUCGACCUUGUUCUUACUCUCGGCGGUGACGGCACUGUUCUCUUCACAUCUUGGCUUUUCCAGCGCAUCGUGCCGCCAAUUUUGUCCUUCUCACUGGGUAGUCUAGGGUUCCUCACCAACUUCCAGUUUGACGAGUACCGUCCAGCGUUGAGUAAGAUCAUGGACGACACAGGCAUGCGGGUCAAUCUGCGCAUGCGCUUUACCUGUACUGUCUACCGUUACCAGAAACAUGCUGCCAAUGGAGAACCGCAGCAUAUCGAGGCCGAGCAAUUUGAAGUGCUCAACGAGCUCGUCAUCGACCGCGGCCCAUCACCCUAUGUCUCGCAGCUUGAACUUUACGGUGACAACAAUCUGCUCACUAUCGUACAAGCUGAUGGCUGCAUCUUCUCGACACCAACCGGGUCCACGGCCUACUCGUUGUCUGCUGGUGGAUCACUGGUGCAUCCGGACAUUCCCGCAAUCUCUCUUACUCCCAUCUGCCCACACACGCUCAGCUUCAGGCCGAUGCUAUUGAACGACAGCAUGCUCUUACGCGUAGCGGUGCCGCGCAACUCUCGCGCUACAGCCUACUGCGCUUUCGAUGGAAAGGGUCGUGUUGAGCUUCGACAAGGUGAUCAUGUUACCAUCGCUGCAUCUCAGUACCCUUUCCCCACGGUGCUUUCGCGACCCACGGAGUGGUUUGACUCGAUAUCGCGCACGUUGCGGUGGAACAACCGCGGGGCAGCACAGAAAGCGUGGGAUGGCGACGAGGGCGAGGGUCAGGAGGGCGAACAAGAUGCAGGGUUCGACAUUGAUUUCGACAAUGACGAUGCGGACCGUGAUUCGGGUUACUCUCCGGAUGGGUCUACUACCGGCAGGAGCAGUCCGAUACGCAAGGGAGUUGUUCUCCCGUUCCUCUAA